CAAAAAAAUUGAAUUUCAAAAAUGCUUUGCCUUUCGUAAUGGAAUUGGAAGGAGAUUCAAGUGGGGGAAUGGUGUUAUAGGUGAGGAGGCAGUUGUUGGACUUUCUUCAAUCUGAAGGUUCCUCCUUCUGUGAAUACUGACAAGCAGUUUGAGGAGGACUGGAUCGUGAAUCUGGAGAGGAUAAGUAUUUGCGGCUUGAUUUAGCAUUUGGGCUGCCCAUGCUGAUUGGCCUGAUCAAGAAAAUGGUGGCUAUGAUUCUUCAUAGGAGAUUCACAUUUUGAGAAUCCAAGAAAAUAAAGAAACAUUUGUUCAAUCUAGGAUGGUUUCAAAUGGUAUUGGAGGAGGCUUAGAGGAAGUUCAAGAAGAAUUAACAUCAAAUGCAACAGAGGGGUUUUGUGCAAAUGGCAGGGAUGCUCUCAACACUUCAACUUCUCAAAAGAGACUGCUUGGUAAUGAAAUUGCUAUUAUAGGGAGUCAAGACUGGCCAAAAUUGAUUCCUGGCAAACUGAGGUUACUUGGACUCAACUCAAGUGGUGGUAUAGCUUCUCCAACUGCUAAAUUCCGUCAAAUCGCAGAGGAAAGAGAUGAAUUUUCGCGUUCUGUACCUUCUUCCAGCUGUCAAGGUUUCCAGAGACGCUUCAAGAAAAUUCUUGCACGGAAAAUUGAUUGGAAAUCUUUGGUGAGAUUCUGCCAAAAAUGGAUUAGGCAACCUCUUAACAUGGCCCUUCUCUUGUGGAUAAGCUGUGUUGGUGUCUCAGGGGCAAUCCUUUUUCUUGUGAUGACGGGAAUGUUAAAUGGUGUGCUGCCGGAUAAAUCUCAAAGAAAUGCCUGGUUUGAGGUGAACAAUCAAAUUCUCAAUGCUUUGUUUACCCUAAUGUGUCUCUAUCAGCACCCGAAACGAUUCCACCACCUUGUACUUCUUUGUAGAUGGAAGCCUGAGGACAUUACCACACUCCGAAAAAUAUACUGCAAGAAUGGAACAUACAAACCCCAUGAAUGGGCUCACAUGCUGGUGGUUAUUGUUUUACUCCAUGUCAAUUGCUUUGCUCAGUAUGCUUUGUGUGGCCUCAACUUGGGAUAUAAAAGGUCUGAACGACCAGCUUUGGGUGUUGGUAUCUGCCUGUCUGUGGCAAUAACUGCUCCAGCAAUUGCAGGCAUGUACUCUAUUCUCAGCCCCCUCGGGAGGGAGUAUGACUUUGAAAGUGAUGAAGAAGCUCAGGAUCAAGUCCUUACUAAUGGAAGUCGACACCCGAGCAAGCGAAGGGGGUCAUUGGAGAAGAAUUUCUCUUUCACUUCAAGAGACGAGCAAAAAACUGUUGAGUAUGCACCUGUCUGGAGAGGUGAGUUAUUUGAGAUUUGGGAUGAUAUUGCUACAGCAUAUCUUUCUCUCUUUUGCACUUUCUGUGUUUUUGGCUGGAACAUGGAACGACUUGGGUUUGGAAACGUAUAUGUCCAUAUUGCAACUUUUCUUCUCUUUUGCACGGCACCAUUUUGGAUCUUCAAUUUGGCCGCCAUUACUAUUGAUAAUGAAACUGUUAGAGAAGCUCUGGGAUUAACUGGUAUUGCACUUUGUGUAUUCGGUCUACUGUAUGGAGGCUUCUGGAGAAUUCAGAUGAGAAAGAGAUUCAAUUUGCCAGCAAAUAGCUCAUGUUGUGGGCAACCGGACAUUGCUGACUGUGCCCAAUGGCUAUUCUGUUGUUGGUGUUCUCUUGCACAGGAAGUUAGAACAGCUGACUAUUAUGAUAUUGUGGAAGACAAGUUCUGCAGAAAGGAAACUGGUGAAAAUGGAAAACCUCCACUGACCCCUUUGCCCCGUGAAGAUGGAACUCUUCGAUUCAAACCAAGCCCAAACUCUCCAAAUUGGAACAGCACUAGGGUGUCCAGGCUCACAAUUGAUGGCUCCCCUAGUCCAACCAGAUUUUCAAAAGAUUAUAGCAGUCUGGUUAGACAUCUUCCGAGGUUGGAUGAAGAGUUCUUUGCAAAAGAUGCCGAGAAAUUUACGAAACCACCUGUUUUCCAAUCAGUUCAGAGAGAUGUCCUGCCUAUGAAAUACAAAGAAUAGCUAAGUUUAAGUUAAACUGAAGAAUGACACUUGAGGCUCUUAACUUUUUCGGGAUGAGAAAUCUGCCUAAGAGUGUAUCUAGUUUUUAAAUUUUAUUUCUAUUCAUUUAAGUCUCCUAGUACCUUUACGUCUACUAUGACAAGUUCAAUGUGCUUUCUUAUAUAUAACAUAUAGUCGUCAUUAUCAACUCCUUGUGACCAAAUUUUUCUUAUGUACUAGUAAAAUUCUAAAUCUCAAGUUCCGUUUUUGCUUGAAGUUGUUAUAUUAGUUCUUUGAAUGUCUAAUGAAUUAAUAUGGAAUUUACCUUGUGUCGUA